AUGGCCCUGACCGAAGGUAUCUCUCAGGAAGUGGUUGAUGCAAUUUACAAAGCCAUAACUCACGAUCCAAAACUUCCUAGCGCCAAUCCAACAGUAUCAGCAUGGCAGCUGCCUCCGCAUCCCACAAUUGCCAACAUCCAGUCAUCGACUCUCCCACAGACCACUGAUUACAUCGUGAUCGGCUCUGGUAUCACAGGCUGCAGUGUGACCCAGGGUAUCCUUGACAUGGAUCACCACGCUCAUGUCACUGUUUUAGAGGCCAGAACCUUUGUCAGCGGCGCCACUGGGCGCAACGGUGGCCAGCUCGUAUCACCUGUCGGGCGAACAUUCAUGGAGAUGGUUGAGCGACAUGGCAAGGAAAACGCGAUACAAAUGACUCAAUUCAGCUUGAUGAAUGUUCAGCAACUCCGUGAGAUGGUUCGCAAUGCAGACCCUCAACUACAAACCGAGAGUGAGAUGAGAGAUGUGCGCAAGAUAAUGGCCGUUACAGACAAAGAAUCAUGGCAGAAGGCCGAGACUUCUCUUGAUGCUUUUUGUGAAGCGUUCCCUGACAAAAAGGCAUACCAUCGCGUUGUGAGUGGCUACAACCUGCUAAAGAAACAUAAUGUGAAAGGCGCUAUUGGAGGAUUUGAUCACGAAGCCGCUGCUCUCUCACCUUAUCGCUUGUUUACUGGAAUCUUCCAACGGCUGUUGGAAGUCCAUGCCGACCGACUAUCCCUUGAAGCCAACACACCGGUGAUUGCAAUCAACCACGAAGAAUCGGCCGAACACUCGAGUGAAAUCUCAAAGGCCUACCCUUACAUUGUGACUACACCGCGCGGGCGUAUCAGAGCCCGCCAUGUUGUCCAUUGUACCAAUGCAUUUGCCGCUCAUCUGCUUCCGGCAUUGAGAGGACAUGUUUAUCCAUUCCGAGGCACAAUGUCCGUGCAAAGUAUGGGAGCCCAUUUCGAGAACAAGGGAGACAGCUUCUCCUGGAGCUCGAUAGAACAGACUUCACUUGAUGGGGUGUCAAGCCUUUACAGAAGCGGCCUUAUGUAUCUACAACAGCACACUCGCACGGGCCAUAUAUGGGUGGGCACUGAAACAGCAAAUAUUCUAGACGUCUUGACUGCCGAUGAUUCCAAAGUAUCUUCUGAUGCUCGCCAAUAUCUUCAGACCUUUUUGCCGACUUAUUUCGAACAAGCAGGGGUCUCACAACCUGAGUUAAAAGAGAUCUGGACUGGAAUACAAGGUCAUACUUCCGAUUGCCUCCCACUAGUGGGAUUGUUGCCGGAGUGUUUGACAGCACGCAAAGGAACCGGAGAGUGGAUCUGCGGAGCGUACAAUGGCUAUGGAAUGGACAAAGCCUGGUUGUCUGGCAAAGCCCUCGUGGAGCUGAUUAUGGGGAAAGAAGCCCCGACCUGGUUCCCUCGGUGCUUCUUGAUCAACGAGGCCCGAUUCCUUCACCAGAUGGACACGAAGCAUAUUCUGGAGAAAUUCAAACAGCUUGCACAGAACGCUCCUCAAACCACGGCCAAGGCAAGUCUUUGA